AGCAGCCCCGAGCCCACGCGGUUGCCCCGCUCAGGCCGCAGCUGCCCCGGCUCCGCCGGCAUCGCCCGCCCGGCAGCCGCAGAGCAGCAUUUCCCACUCCCCAGCCUCGGCCCGAUGCAGCAGCAGCAGCAGCAGCAGGAGGAGGAGGAGGAGGGGGCGGCGAGGAAGAGGAAGAUGGCCCGGGAGCCCCAGGCAGAGCAGGAGCCGGGCGUGGAGAGCAGGGAGGAGAAAUCCCCGCGGCAGAAGCUGCUGGAAGAGGCCCUUUGGAGCGGCUCCGCGGCGCAGGAACCCAACGGGGAGGAAAAGCCCCGGAGAUGCCUCGCGAGGAGGGGCUGCGAGCGCGGAUGGCGGGGAUCGCAGGGGGAAAGAGCCAGCCCGGGCCGGGGAGGCGGCCGGAGCUCGGAGCUGGGGGUCCACGAGCCGCUCCAGGAUGGGGAGAAGCCCCACGAGUGCUCGGAGUGCGGGAAGAGCUUCAGGCGGAGAUCCGAGCUGGUCAUCCACCAGAGGAUCCACAGCGGGGAGAGGCCCUACAGGUGUGGGCAGUGUGGGAAGGGCUUCAGUUCGGGAUCCCAACUGAAUGUCCACCAGAGGAUCCACACCGGGGAGAGGCCCUACAGGUGUGGGGAGUGCGGGAAGAGCUUUAGGUUGAGGUCCAGCCUGAAUGUCCACCAGAGGAUCCACACCGGGGAGAGGCCCUACAAGUGUGGGGAGUGCGGGAAGAACUUCAGUUUGGGAUCCCAACUGAACGUCCACCAGAGGAUCCACAGCGGGGAGAAGCCGUACGCGUGUGGGGAGUGCGGGAAGAGCUUCAGGUUGAGGUCCAGCCUGAACGUCCACCAGAGGAUCCACACCGGGGAGAGGCCCUACAGGUGUGGGGAGUGUGGGAAGAACUUCAGAGAGAGCUCCAGCUUGAAUGUCCACCAGAGGAGCCACACCGGGGAGAGGCCCUACGAGUGCCAUCAGUGCCAGAAGAGGUUUGUGAGCAGCUCUGAUGUUCUCAAGCACCAGCGCGUUCACGCAGACGAGAGGCCCUUCCGCUGCCCCGACUGCGGGAAGGGCUUCACCCAGAAGUCCGCCCUCACCAUCCACCGGCGCGUCCACACCGGGGAGAGGCCCUACGAGUGUCCCCGGUGUGGGAAGAGCUUCAGCACACGCUCCAGCCUGAUUGUCCACCAGAGGAUCCACACCGGGGAGAGGCCCUACAAGUGUCCCCGGUGUGGGAAGGGCUUCAGCACACGCUCCAGCCUGAUUGUCCACCACAGCAUCCACACGGGAGAACGGCCCUACGAGUGCGGGCAGUGUGGGAAGAGCUUCAGGCGGAGCUCCCACCUGAUGGUCCACCAGAGGAUCCACACGGGGCAGCGGCGUGGAUCCACCCUGGGCCGGGGAGGCGGCCGGAGCUCGGAGCUGGGGGUCCACAAGCAGCUCCACGAUGGGGAGAAGCCAACCAAGUGCUCGGAAUGCGGGAAGAGCUUCAGUUGUAAAUCCUCCCUGCUCUACCACUCCAGAAUCCACACGGGGGAGAGGCCCUUCAAGUGUGGGCAGUGUGGGAAGGGCUUCGUUUCGAGCUCCGCGCUGGUCAAACACCGCAGGAUCCACACGGGGGAGAGGCCCUACAAGUGUGGGGAGUGUGGGAAGAGCUUCAGAGAGAGCUCCGCGCUGGUCAAACACCGCAGGAUCCACACGGGGGAGAGGCCCUACGAGUGUCCCCAGUGUGGGAAGGGCUUCAGGACGAGCACGUGCAUGAUGAAACACCGGAGUAUCCACACCGGGGAGAGGCCCUACCAGUGUGAGCAGUGUGGGAAGAGCUUCAGUAAGAGCUGCCAGCUGCUCGUCCACCAGAGGAUCCACACCGGGGAGAGGCCCUACCAGUGUGAGCAGUGUGGGAAGAGCUUCAGUAAGAGCUGCCAGCUGCUCGUCCACCAGAGGAUCCACACCAGGGAGAGGCCCUACCAGUGUGAGCAGUGUGGGAAGAGCUUCAGAGAGAGCUCCAGCUUGAAUGUCCACCAGAGGAUCCACACCGGGGAGAGGCCCUACGAGUGCGAUCAGUGCGGGAAGAGGUUUCACACCAGCCCUGGUCUCCUCAGGCACCAGCGCAUCCACACGGACGAGAGGCCCUUCCGCUGCCCCGACUGCGGGAAGGGCUUCAGGGCGAACUCCGUCCUCGUCACCCACCGGAGGAUCCACACCGGGGAGAGGCCCUACGAGUGCGGGGAGUGCGGGAAGGGCUUCAGCGAGAACUCCAGCCUGAUUGUCCACCAGAGGAUCCACACUGGGGAGAGGCCCUACAAGUGUGGGCUGUGUGGGAAGAGCUUCAGAGAGAGCUCCAGCCUGACUGUCCACCAGAGGAUCCACACCGGGGAGAGGCCCUACGAGUGUGGGCAAUGCCAGAAGAGGUUUGUGAGCAGCUCUGAUGUUCUCAAGCACCAGCGCGUUCACUCAGACGAGAGGCCCUUCCGCUGCCCCGACUGCGGGAAGGGCUUCAAGCACAACUCCGACCUCACCAUCCACCGGCGCGUCCACACCGAGGAGAGGCCCUACGAGUGUCCCCGGUGUGGGGAGAGCUUCAGCACAGGCUCCAGCCUGAUUGUCCACCAGAGGAGCCACUGGUGCACGCUCUCAAGGGAGAAGCCCUUCCGCUGCCCCGACUGCAAGAGGGGCUUCAAGCGCAGCUCCUACCUCGCCAAACACCGGCUCAGCCACGCCGGGGACAGGCCCCAGCCGUGUCCCCAGUGUGGGAAGAUCUUCACCAGGAGCUCCCUCUUGGCCAGACACCAGUGGAAGCACCACUGAGGGCAUCCCCGAGCGCGGGAAGAGCUCCGCGCGCCGCUCCAGCUCCGACCCCCGCGGGAGGAUCCGCGCUGGAUGAUCCCCGUGGGCACCUGGGCACGUCCGCAGGCCAACAUCAGAAAUCCGUUGUGUGGAGAGCAGAUUUGUCAAUUUUUGACCCUUGAAAAAACUCACUUUUUCCUUCUUGUGGUGGUCUUAAGCAACACUGGUUAGCCUUGGAGGUCUUCUCCAACAUAAAUCCAUCAUUUUGUUUCUCUCUGUCCCGCGGGCAUCUUCCACAGCGAAAUGGAGUGGGAUUGGGGCAAAACCCACAAUUUUGGAGACAGUGGGGUGGAAAGCCCUCCAAAAAAGGUUCUUCCCGCCCGUCCAAGCACGUGGAUGCUCUGCCAGCAGGGACACGUCGAUCCGUUCGUUUUGGUUUUGGAAUGGAAAGGUUCCUGUUUGUCCCUUUGAAAGCCCUGGAACUGGGGGAGGAAUAAAAACGUUGGUCUGA